AUGUGGGUCUCUCAUCCUCAAUUUAGGGAGAUGGUGUUAGCUAACUGGUCGAAACAGUUACUGUAUAAUGGCAGAGGUUUAGAGAAAAUCAGCUGGAAACUUACCCAUCUUAAGCAUGUCUUGAAGGCGUUUAACUGGAAGGUAAUGGGGGAUGUAGCAUGCAAUUAUGAGAGAAGCAAAAGAUUAUAUCAACAGGCCCAUUCUAACUGCUUUGCUGAUCUGUCUAAUUGCAGAUUGUGUAAUGAGGAUCGAGAAGAUUUUCUGGAUUUUAAAAGGCAAGAGAGAUUGUAUGCUAGUUUCCUCUACCAAAAGAGCAAAAUAGACUGGUUACGUUUUGGAGAUGACAACUCUUUGUUUUUUCAUGCUAGUUUAAAGAAGAGGAAAUUAGCUAAUAGGAUUGUGUCCUAUGUUACUGAUGAAGGGCAUGUUGUGGAUGAUUAUACUAAAGUUACUAGUCACUUCCUGCAGCAUUUUAAGAGUUUUUUGGGUGCAGCUAGGAAGGCUACGGGUAACAUUGAUGUUCAAGCUAUUGGAUAUAGUUCGGUGUUGAGUAGUGAAGCCCAGUUGAGUUUAAUCAAGCCGUUCACUGUCCUUGAGGUUAAAGCAGCUAUGUUUAGUAUUCACUCACUUAAAAGCCCAGGCCCGGAUGCUUGCAUUCCUCAGACUUUAAAUAAAACUCUCAUUUCUCUUAUCCCGAAAGUGGACCAGCCAGUAAAUGCAAUUGAUUUUAGGCCUAUUUCUUGUUGCAAUACUAUUUACAAAUGCAAAUCCAAAAUGUUGUGCAAUGGGCUAAAAUCUGUUCUUCCUUCACUGAUUAAUCAGAAUCAGGGGGCUUUUAUCAAGCAUCACUCUAUUGCUCAUAAUGUUCUUAUCCUUCAAGACUUGCUUAAAGGAUACAACAGGAAAAAUAUUUCCCCUCGGUGUCUUAUGAAGAUUGAUAUUAGCAAGGCGUAUGACUCAAUUGACUGGGAUUUUUUGGAAAAACUUCUUCAUGCUCUUUGUUUUCCGAUGAGAUUUAUUAGGUGGGUCAUGGCUUCUAUGGAGAAAGAUUUCAGAUUUCAUCCUUUAUGUAAGUCUCUAAAACUUGUUAGUCUUUGUUUUGCUGACGAUCUCCUCUUGUUUUGCAAAGCCAACCCGAGGUCAGUCAUGAUACUUCAGCAAGCGUUUAAGGAGUUUACUAUGUCCUCGGGCCUCUCUAUCAAUCAAAGCAAAUCUAGAAUGUAUAUUGGAGGGCUAGUUGCUGGGGAUAAAGUUCCCCUAUUGCUGUGUUCUAAUUUGAUUGAAGGGCAAUUCCCUUUGAAAUAUUUGGGUGUCCCGUUGAGACCUACUAAAUGGAGGGCUACUGACUGCGAUAUUAUCCUUAAGAAAAUGAGAAUUCGUCUGAAUGGAUGGGCUAGUCGCCAUUUAUCUUAUGCUGGUCGGGUCCAGAAAUUUCUUUGGGGUGAGAAGGAUAAUAGAAGCAAGCUUCAUCUUAUCUCUUGGGAGCAUGUCUGUCACCCAAAAUUUUUCGGUGGUUUGGGUUUUAGGGAGGGGGCUUCAAUAUGGGAUUAUCUGUUAAAGCAAGAUACUAGCUGGUAUUGGAGGAAGAUCAUCAAGUUCUGUCAUGUCUUGUCUAGAGCUGAUUUGGAGGCUGCAGUUAUGAAUGGAAAAAUUCAGCUGAGAAAGCUUUAUUCUUUUGUGUUUCCUGGCAAUAUGGUGCACUAUGAGAAGGCAGUUUGGUGUAGGCUCUCGGAAAGUAAUGCAGACUGUUCAUGGGUGGCUGAGAGGGGCUUCUUGGCCUGUUCAGUAUGCGGCUUGGAUUCAGUGGUUGUCUUUGCCUCGUACAGGUUGGUGUUCAUUGGUGGAAAAUGCAGCUUGUGCGGCUACUGUGUACCUCAUCUGGCUGAACAGGAACCACUGCUGGGUUGA